AUGGUAACUGAUGAAGGUGCAAUAUAUGUUACAUCAAAUAGGGGCUACAACUGGAGGGCUUCCGUGCAGGAAACUGUUUCAGCUACUCUUAAUAGAACAGUUUCCAGUGGCAUUAGUGGUGCAAGCUACUAUACAGGCACUUUCAGUACUGUGAAUCGCUCCCCUGAAGGAAACUAUGUUGCUGUCUCAAGUCGUGGUAAUUUCUACUUGACUUGGGAGCCGGGGCAGGUUUGA